CAGCGAAGAAAAGAAAAAGCGUAGCAUUUAAAACUAGUGAUGUAGCUCUCAUUCUCUGUGUUGAAAUAUGGAGAAGACUGAUGAUCUGGUUUUUCCAUUUUGCUGCGACGAAACCAAAUAUGAGAAACUGGCUAAAAUCGGCCAGGGAACAUUCGGAGAGGUGUUCAAGGCCAGGGACAGAAAAACAAAGCGCAUAGUCGCGAUGAAGAAAGUACUGAUGGAGAACGAGAAAGAAGGAUUUCCGAUAACUGCAAUUCGGGAAAUAAAGAUACUGCAACUGUUGAAGAACGAAAAUGUUGUGGAACUCAUUGAGAUCUGUCGAACGAAAGCUUCGUCAUUCAACAGAUGCAAGAGUACAUUUUACCUAGUGUUCGAGUUCUGCGAACACGACCUAGCCGGACUGCUCAGCAACGCCGCUGUGAAGUUCACCUUGGGCGAGGUGAAGAAGGUCAUCCAGCAGCUGCUGAACGGCCUGUACUUCAUCCACGCCAACAAGAUCCUGCACCGCGACAUGAAAGCGGCCAACAUCCUCAUCACCAAGACUGGGAUCCUCAAACUGGCCGACUUCGGCCUUGCGAGGGCGUUCAGCUCCACCACUCGCGGCCAGCCGAAUCGCUUCACGAACCGCGUGGUCACGCUGUGGUACCGAGCCCCGGAGCUGUUGCUAGGGGAACGGAACUACACGCCGGCCAUCGACGUGUGGGGUGCUGGGUGCAUCAUGGCCGAGAUGUGGACUAGGAGUCCCAUCAUGCAGGGCAACACGGAGCAGCACCAGCUCCUGCUGAUCACCCAGGUCUGCGGAUCCAUAUCGCCCGACGCCUGGCACGGAGUCGAGAAGCUGGAACUGUACGGCAAGCUGGAGCUGCCGAAAGGACAGAGGCGGAAGGUGAAGGAGCGACUGAGGGCGUAUGUCGUGGACCAGUCCGCGCUCGAUCUCCUCGACAAGCUCAUGACACUGGACCCAGCCAAGCGCAUCGACUCCGACUCGGCGCUCAAUCACGACUUCUUCUGGACUGACCCCAUGCCGACGGACUUGACGUCGAUGCUGUCGCGUCACACGACGUCCAUGUUCGAGUAUCUGGCUCCGCCCAGGAGGCGUGGUUACGCGCCGCAACAACUGCAGAUGCAGCAGAAGGCGAUGGCGACGCAGCAUUUUGAACGAAUAUUUUGAUAGUUAGAAUAUUUUGAUAUAGUUCGAAUACUUUGAUAUGGUUCCCACCAGUCCUUGAUGUCAAUGCUGUGAUUUCAGUUUGUUUUGGAGCAUUUUUAUUGAAGUGAUUGUUAAGUUAUGUUAAUCUCCAUUAUUUACUUAUUUUAUAAAAACACCGAUAAAUGUCAAUGCAUAUAGAAAGUUACAUAAUUUAUUGCUAGAUAUAAUGUUCGUUAUGUUGAAGAUGUAUGUUGAUCUUCCUUCUUUAUUCAAUUUAAAUUUGCUCAAGAAGUCGGUUUGUUAACUAUUUAUUUGUUUUUGUUAUUAAAGUAAAUAAAUAUACUGA